AACAAGUUAGAAAGAAAAAAAAAAAAAGUGUUUUGUUUGAUUGGAGGAAUGAGGUAAGGUUAUUGUUAUUAUUUCCCUCCAACUCUGAGCGAAGCGAGUGUCAUUUUUUGUGUGUGGGUGAUUGGCGAACCUGCAAAUUGCAACCACCAAUGGAGGAAACUACCUUCGACUGUGAUCUAAUCCAUUCCAUUAUGAAGCGCAUUUGGACAUUGCGAACCCUUGAGCGUGAAAAUGUUGCAACCAACGAUGCUUUGGAAUCCGAGGUAGGAGCUGGAUCCUCCAAGAAGAAUCGGACAACUUCCGCUAAUGCCAGUGCUUUGAAGCUUACCUGUGAACUUCUCCGGGUUUUUAUCACAGAGGCAGUUCAGCGCGCUGUUGCUAUUGCAGAGGCUGAGGGUGAUACUCAAAUAGAAGCUACUCAUUUGGAGAGUAUUCUUCCUCAGUUACUUUUAGAUUUCUAAAGCAUUUGAUGACACAUGGAAUACUCAUCCGUAACUUCUACUACCCCUGUAAUGGAUCUAGUGAAAAGCUCAUUAAGAUUUUUGGUGAAAAGUUGUAUCAGAUACAACUAAUUCUCUACAUGUAAAUUAAAAGAAAGGUACUGUUUCUCUCGUUUCUUUAUAUUGUAUGAGGGCUGUGAACUUCUAAUGCAUGACUAUGAAGCUAUAGUAUGACAAUGGAGGAGGCAUAGUUUCUUGUGCUUCAUCUUUGAACAUUAAUACUAUAUGCGAGCAGUUCUUAAUUCCAUUUUUAUACUAUAUCUA